UCAAUUUUUAUUAUUUUUAUAAUUUCUAAGCUCUCAAAUUUAAGAUAUAUAUAUAUAUAUUUUUUUUUUUGCGAGGAUUGUUCAAGUUUCUAGGAUUCUAGUCCGUUUAACGAGAUUAUCCUUAUCUUCCUUGAGUUAAGAGAAUCAUUUUCAAUGACUGAUUUGUUAUCUUUUACUUUUUAUUACUAAUAAUAGAUACGCAUAAUUUAAGGAGAUUAAACGAAUCAAUCUUCACAUUAUGUAGACGAUUAAGAAAUAAAUAACUCGUAAGAAAUGGACGAAUAAGUGACACAAUUUUUGUGAACCUCAUAUAAUAGAUAUGUAAAAGACGUAAGUAAAUAUAACAUUUAAAUAAUUAUCGCGAUGGAACAACAAUCGAUUGUCUAUAAUAUCGGUAAGUAUCGAUGAAUGAUUGCCAUCGACCUUCAAACUAAUUCAAUGACAUUGCUUCAAACAGCAAUACUGAAUUCUUACAAAGAAAAAAUGGCUUUUUAAAAAUUAUUAAUAAAAAAAAAAAAAAAAAAAAAAGUACAAUCUUCUCGGUAACACAAUCAAAUUAAAUCAAGUGUAAUGUAAUUUUAAAAUUGACAAACUUUAAAAUUCAAAACGCGAUGUCUUCAUUGAUCGUAGCACACGAUCAACGGAUCAUGAUGUUAGAAUUCGCAGUUGAGAACUUGCACGUACCGUGGAAUUCCAUCUUUGACAAAGCAAUUUUGAAAAAGGUAACGGUAAUGUUUCGUUUUUUGGAUGAGGAUUGGACCGAGCUUUUACCAAAUCGCCGCGAUUAUUGUUCCUAUCGUGGUUCGAAUUAUGAGAACGAACGAUUUUAUGGUGGACGUUCGGUAGUUUUCGCCUUGCCUGAAUCGUCUUUAGAAAAACCUAUGAGUGCUAUCGAUAUUCAAAUUUACGUAUUUAAAGAGAUAUGUGAUUAUUUCGAGCUUGAUUCCUGCGAAAAUAUUGGAUUCAUAUUAUUGAGAGUCGAUCAUUUGAUUAAUGCCAUUAUCAAGGAGUUAAAAGAACGUAAAGAACUUGGUUUAUAUUUAUGCAAUUCUCAUGAAAACGAGCCUAUUUCAAGAUCAUUGGUAGGAACUUACACUUUGAUAAACGACGACUUAAAGAACACUGAUGCAACAAUAAAAAUAUAUAUACGUAUCACUUAUCUUGGUAAUUGCGUUAUCACUGAAUUCGAGAAUAGUAGAGGUAUAAAAACGGCAUUUCAUUGCCGUAAGGAUAACGUUGAAGGAUAUCCUUACCAAUUACGCGAAUUAACAUCAGAGAAUCUUAAGACUGGUUGUUGGGGUAGUCAAUCCUAUUUACCACCGGCACUUUUAAAGAAGUUAAAGUGUUAUUGUGAAAAGGAUAAGAUAGAGAAAAAAAUAUUAGCCCAAAUGAUAGCAGAUGCUGAAGCUGCUCGUGCUGCUGAAGCUGCUCGUGCUGCUGAAGCUGCUCGUGCUGCUAAAGCUGCCCGUGCUGCUGAAAUAGCUCGUGCAUCGGAAGCUAUUCGUGUUUCUGAAGAAGCUCGUGCUGCUGAAGCUGCUAGAGCUGCUGAAGCUGCUAGUGCUGCUGAAGCUGCCGCAUUGAAAGGUCUCGGGAAAGAAGAAUCUAAGAAGAACAAAUCUAAACAAAAGAGCUUGGAUACCGCUGAUGCUCAGAUCCUUGCUAACAUCGAUAAUCUUUAUGAAGAAAGGAUUCGUCUUUUAAAGGAAGCAAUGAAGAAACAAAAAGGUCGAGGAUUAGGUGCCGCUGGAAUAGCUGUUGAUAGGAAAGAUGGAAAAAAGAUUUGUUCUCCAUUAUUUACUAUACCUUGUACUCAAUUUUGUUCACCUAACUUUAGUUCUUUUUCUCCCCGUUUGAAUUUUAUGCCUUUUGUCAGUCCACAACAUUUAACAUUUACAACACACUGCUUGUGAAACAGAAU